AUGUACCGAUAUCUACUUUCAUCUCUGGUGUUGCUGGCGACUACACCUCCUUCCAUUUGCCAGCGAACGUUCGAUCGCCAGUACACCAACUUCGACGUCUUCCCAAACGAGAGCCAUCCGCUCGCAUACUUUACGAGACACGAUGUGCCCGCCGGCAAGGACCACCAGGCUUUCCGAGUAACCGAGACCUCUCUCCAGACGCCCGCGUACGAGUACUCCCGGUGGGGGUUCUACAUCUACCGAACGACCUACGACGACGACGACCUCUGGGACCGCUAUGUAACGUACAUCCACGAGAAAGCCAAGCGCGCGAUCGAUCUCGGCUCGGACGGAUCACAGGGCCAGUUCCGCGUCUUUCUCGUCGAGGGCCCUGGGCUGGACGGCACGUCAAUCGAGGACGUCCGGGAGCAGUAUCUGCAUUGGUCUUCCAAGCUUUCGAUCAGCGACUGGGAGAUCAGUCCGUGGUGGCACCGAGAUCUUGUUCUCGGAAGUUACCCGCUCUACGUGGACGCAGAGUGUUUAGAGUCUCUCCGAUACCACGAAGGGCUGGAGGAAGGGUCCAAGGAGCGCCGGAUGCACGAGGUAUUCAUUAAGGCAAUCAACGCUGAACAACCGAGGAUAUACAAUAUUAUCGAAUGCGAUGAUGGUUAUGUUGAUGAAUCGGGGAGAAGCCUUGAUGACGAAAUCAUACAGUUUCAUCAUUUUCUGAUGGAUGCGGUCGAUUGGGUGGAUGGCAUUGAGAUUCCGACGGAGGAUGAUGACGUCGAGGAUGUAUUCGAGGACGAUGCACAAGAGGAGCCAAUGGACGGGGAAGUGCAGGACUUCGCGUACGAUCCGGAUGAGGAUCCGAAGUACGAGGAAAGGGAGAGGUUCCCCUGCUUCUGCGUUAAAGAUGAGAGUGGACGUUGGAAGUAUGCGGACAAGAAAAUAUCGCAAUACAACUGGAUGUUGGUGAGCUGUCGAGAACUUGUGUGGUAUCGGGACGUCAUGACGGAGAAGUACGGGGACUGGGAUCAGCAAUAUGUUUUGUUCAGGUACCCGGAAAAGCGGCCCUGGAUGACGGGCUAUUCGUGUGCGUGUGAUCAUGAGUAG